CCGCCAUUUGGUCCAUCGACCGACAAUCCUACAGACCUUCGCGUCGCGCUGCCACCACAAGAAGUGAAAAAGUCGCAGCAGCACUUGUCGCCUUCUUGUCAUCAAUCACACUAUCUGUUAAGACUCCGACACCGCCACAAUGUCUGCCAAAUUGAACCAGUCUCUUGACGAGAUCCUCUCGACCCGCGCGGCCGCCAGCCGCCGUGGUCGCCCUUCGACACGUCGCUCAACUGGAACUCGCCCUGCCAACUCGGCCCCUGCUGGUGGAAUUCAAAAGAACACCAAGCCAGCUCGUAACGCCGGAAAGCCCACUGGAGGCAAGGGCGCUGGAUUCACCGGCGAAUCCAAAGUCAUUGUCAGCAAUUUGCCCAAGGAUGUUUCCGAGGCCCAGAUCAAGGAAUUUCUCCAGUCUUCGGUAGGCCAAGUUAAGAAGGUUGAGCUGUCUUACGGACAGGGCGGCACAAGCCGAGGAAUUGCUAGCGUCACUUUCCAUCAUGCGGACGGAGCUAGCAAGGCAUUUUCGAAGGUCAACGGCCUUCUAAUCGACAACCGCCCCGUGAAGGUGGAAGUUGUCGUUGCGUCGGCUGAGCUCAUCCCUCAACCGAAGCCUCUCAAUCAAAGGGUCACACAGCCAAAGGUGCAGCCCAAGUCUGCUGCCAAUAUCAAGCAUGGCGCAGGUGCUGCCAAGGGCCCCGCCGGUGCCGCUCGAGGCGUCGGAAAGAAAGGAACUCGCGGCCGCGGCGGCCGCAAUGGUCGUCCCGCUAAGAAGACAACAGAGGAGCUGGAUUCGGAGAUGGCCGACUACUUUGUCGCCCCCGCUGCUGAGAAUACCACCAGUGGUGCUCAGCCGGCCACCAACGGAGAUGCGCCUAUGGAGGUUGAGAUUCUCUAAAUGCAGGCCGCAAUUGCCUGUGUUACGAAGGAGUGGAGCAAGGCUCAGCGCAUUUUACUAAGCGCAUAUUCAGCAGGGUUCGGUGGCUUGGGAUUUGGUGUUGGGGAUGGUAUUUGUUUUUUUUCCAGCAC